AUGUCCUUGUCGCUAGACACCGUGUUCCAGGUAGUCGAGAUCGCCCAGAAGGCCAUCGAGAUCUAUGAGCGGAUCAAGGAUGUGCCGCGGGAGAUCGAGGAGCUCGGCGAGCGCAUGGUGCUGCUGGAGAACGUCCUGGCCGAGCUCAACGCGCAUCUGCGCAGCAAGGGCGAGCAUGCGCUUGCCGAUCUGUCGCCCAAGCUGAAGGGCGACAUGUCCAAGAUCAUCGCUGCCACCGAGAAGGACUGCGACCGCGUCUACGUGCUCUUUGACAUGUUCGAGCAGAAGAAGGGUCCGUUCGGCGUCCAGUUCAAGGACAACCCCGUGGCCAGCCUGGUGGCGCAGGCACACUUCGCGCUGGGAGGGCCGGCCAAGGAGCUGGAGGCCCUGGCCCUCAAGAUCGACCAGCACUGCACCGAUAUUGGCAGGCGCGUUGAGGUGAUGAGCUUGCAAGGAGUGCAGGCAAACCAUGAUCUGCUCCAGUUGAUGCGGAAAGAAAUAGAGGCAUUGCACAGUGAACUCAAAGCACGGGACGGCACGGCGUCUCCUCACCGUCCAGCGGGAGCAACAGGGUCCCUGAGUCCGCCGGCAAGCGUGGGCAAGCCCGCUCCCAAGAAGCCAAAGCCACAGCCCGCCCUCUCCCUGCCGCCGGGCAAGAGCAACUUCAAGGUCAUCUUCGUGGACCCGCAUAACCUAGGGCGCAGCAUCUGCGCGGAAACGCUCUUGCAGCUAUACCGGCACAGGACGCAGACGAAGAAGGGGAACUGGCGUAUCGAAACCAUCCACUCGGCCGGGUUCUUCGUCAAGCACCGGGGCGACUGUACGGACCUGAUCGAGAACCAGAUGAGCUACAAGUUCCGCUCCUACAAGCUGGCAAUGGGAAGCGGCGGGAACCUGCCCAACGCCAUCGCCACAGCGGCCGUAUUCGAGAACAGGGUAUUUGACGACAUAAGGCCGUUCCGCACCACGCUGCAGGGUCGGGUAGCCGCCCGCAAGUCCAUUGGCAUCCGGAGGGACAUCUUCAAGACGUACGACCACAUAGUCGUCUUCACGCACCGCGAGUACGACAACAUGCUGGCGCUGCGCUCUGCGCUGCUGGCGGCAGAAGGCGGCGACAAGGCGGCGGCGGCAGCGGCGUAUAAGGGCCGCGUGGUGCAUCUCGGAGCGUACCUGACGCUUGAUGACAGCACGCUGGAGAUCGUGGACGCGCCCAAGAACAAGGAAGGGGUUCACACAAGGCCCGCGUGGGAUAAGAAGGUGGCGCAGCUCAAGAUCGCCCUGGAGACGUAUCUGAGGAGGGAGAUGGGAUGGAAACCACCGCGGGCUCAGGCUCAGAGCUAG